AGUGCAUACAUAAGGCGUCCGAUGAACGCAUUCAUGCUGUUCAGUAAGAACCACAGGGCUGAGGUCCACCAAAAGUACCCCAACCAAGACAACCGCACGGUCAGCAAAAUACUUGGAGAGUGGUGGUACGCCCUGUGCAAUGAUGACAAACAGAGGUACCAUGAC